AUGAGUUAUCUGCCAGGAACAGCAAGUCUAGUGGAGGAGAUAGACAAGAAGCUCUUAGUGGUUUUAAGAGAUGGAAGAACCCUUAUUGGAUAUCUGAGAACAAUAGACCAGUUUGCCAACCUCGUAUUGCACAGAACUAUAGAACGUAUUCAUGUUGGUAAAAAGUAUGGUGAUAUUCCCAGAGGCAUCUUCAUUAUUCGAGGAGAAAAUGUAGUUUUACUCGGAGAAGUGGAUGUUGAGAAUGAGAAUAAGCUGCCGUUAGAGCAGGUUAACAUUGACACUAUCCUGGAGCUGCAGAGAGAGCAGCAGCUUGAACGAGAGGCAGAACAGGAGCGUAAAAAGAAAGCAAUGGCAGAAAGGGGCAUUCAUCCAGAUCAAGCCAUUGAUGACUUUUAG